AUGUCGGGUUCAUUUAAGGGUUCAUAUCAGGGGUUCAAAGCUGCCCACCUGGGGAACGACACUGAAGAUGAUCAAAACGCAUCACGGACGAAGACGAAAGACAGUACGGACGAAGACGAAAGACAGCACGGACGAAGACGAAAGACAGCACGGACGAAGACGAAAGACAGCACGGACGAAGACGAAAGACAUCGGACGAAGACGAACAGUACGGACGAAGACGAAGACAGCACGGACGAAGACGAAGACAGUACGGACGAAGACGAAAGACAUCACGGACGAAGACGAAAGACAGUACGGACGAGACGAACAGCACGGACGAAGACGAAAGACAGCACGGACGAAGACGAAGACAUCACGGACGAAGACGAAAGACAUCACGGACGAAGACGAAAGACAGCACGGACGAAGACGAAAGACAGCACGGACGAAGACGAAAGACAGUACGGACGAAGACGAAAGACAUCACGGACGAAGACGAAAGACAGUACGGACGAAGACGAAAGACAGUACGAUCUAAUUAACCACAUUAAGAACAUCGGAAUGUUAUCGCCUUGGUGGUCAACGAAUAAGUUUCAGUUCGAUAUCCUCCAAGUGGUUAAUGUGCCGAUAUCAUACCGUUAUCCACGAAGAGAUUAUAUAUUAACGUUAUGA